AUGCACGGCGCCUCCAUGCGGGCGGCUUGGGCGGCGGCGGUGUCUCGGCGCCCGUCGCACAUUGCGUGCGGAAGCUCCUCAUCGCCGCUGUGGGCACUGCAGCCGCGGCGGGCCUCUUCCGUACAUUGUGGCCGCGUCUCACAAGCGACGUCCGGCACGUCCUCGAGCCACGCAUCGAGUCGCCAUGGGCGUCGCCCCAGGAGAGGUCAGCCGAAUGCGCGGCACAUCGCUCCGGCAGCGGAGACUCGCUUCUCCGCCAGCUCCUAUCGCAUGGGCUGCAACCACAUCGCCGACCGUGUCAAGAGACGCCGUCAGCUCGAAGACGCCAUCCAAGCCGCGCAGGCGUUCCGCAAGUGGUGUGCCGUGCAUGCACCAUGCACGCAAGCGGCGGUGGGGGCAUCUGUUUCGGCAACCACUCCGCUGCGACCCGGUGAACUCUCCCCCUCCCAUGCGCCGGUGCUGCACCGGGUUGGCGGUAGUGUCGCCACGCUUGCGGACAUCGGGUCUGACGAAGGCGCCAGCAGCCGUACCACACGGCACCACCUCGGCUUCCGCCCGCCGACGACACCCACCACAAACCCUCCCCUCACGGCGGGUGGGGCGGUACCGCUGACGGAGCGCCGCAUGCUGGAGCACUACGCGGUCCUCCUCCACAACGUACGCGCAGCCGCCGCGCGGGUCGCCACGUCGGACUACCACCACUUUUACGCCGCAGUGGUGGAAGAACUGCUGAUGGCGUCCAAGUCUGGUGGCGGCAGUGGUGCCUUCUCGGUGCCACGCUCCGUGGUGUGGCAGGACGCUGCUGCAUCCACAUACCAUGGAGAAAGCGAAGACGCUACGGCGCAGGCUGAACGUCGCCUUGCCGCGUGGGCAUCCUACUGGUACAAGGAUCUGAAGCAGUGGUACUCGCGCCACGGCACGCAUACCCCUGGUGCGGGUAACGCUGUUGACGCCCAGCAGUUGCUGCCCCACGGCGAGCUCUGGCAAGACGUGCUCGACGGUGGCGAGGGUGUGGUAGGAACACGGGAGGAAGACAAGUCGAUGGCGGCGCUGCUGCUGCAGGGACAGUGGCGAGCCGCCAUCGACAGCCUCCUGGAAGCCAGCGCGAAACCGCCCCGCUCCGCAUCUGCGGCAGCGAUGGUGCCGAACGGCAGCUCCACUACGGCCUCCCAACAGCUGUCCGUCGCGGAGCUCUUCUCUGCAGCGUCGGUGCGGCGCCGACACUGCGUGCCGUGGCGACACUCACCUCACCGAGGCUCUGCGAACUCGUCCAGCAGCACGCUUCCACCGCUGCCGCGGCGGCUUGCCCUUGCCCCCGUGACGCCGGCAGAGCUGCGCUUACUUCGACAUCCGCCGUCGCCCGGGCUGCGCGUGCUGCCGCACUCGAUAGCUGCUAAAGUGCAGCGAGCGGGGUGCCAGGAGCGUCCUGCAGGGGAUCGGGUGGCGGCAGCACCAUCACUGCUGUUGGAGGCGGCCGUAGCUGCGGAGGUGGCAGGUGGCCGUGCCACAGGCAUCCCGCCGACGUGCGUGGUCCGCCUGCGGCGUCGUCUAUGGGUGCUGCAGCACCUCCCGCGCCACCUCCCAGCCUCUCUCGUCCGCUUCCAGGAACCGCGACAGCCAUCGCUGCGCGCCGGCGGCGGCCGUGGUCGCGAGGUGCGGAGUGGGGCAAUGCCACACGCGCACCUCCUUCGCAGCCACGCGCUGGAGAAGCUGCCGUGGUACACGCUCUGCGUGCUUGGCGAGGUGUUAGAGGCGAGUGGGAACGGCGACCCAACCGUCGCGACGGUGCUGCACAACGCACGCACGCACAUGUGCGCUGCGCUCUUCCUCAGCGUGCACGCCGACUACGCAGCCCUGCACGACUACGCACACACCCUCUUUCUCACGCUUGGCAGCAGCAUGGUCGCGCGCGCAGUCGCCGCUCGACAACGACAGCGAGGACGCAGCGACGGCGGCGCAGCCGUCACCGUGUUCGAGAGUGCCUUUGCGCAGACAGCCAUCGCUCUGCUUCAGCCACCGCCGCCGGCGGCGUACGCAGCGGCCGGGCUGUCGCCAAGACCCGCCUCUUCCUCCGGCAAUGCUGCUAGCUUUCUCGCGAGGUCGUCGUCAGCGCGGACGCCAAGCUCCAGCACAGACAUCACCGACGUUCACGUGGUGCCACCUCGUGUGUUUCGCCGCCUCUGCGCCGCCGUGCAGGACUGGCGCAACUACCAUCUCUCGCUGUACUGUGAAACGCUAAGCCAAAUUGCGGACAGCGACGGUAUGGCGCUACGCGAGCUGGCGCGCGUGCUGGCAGCGCAGCCGCACGGCGAGGAUGCUCUGCAAGAGGAAGUAGCUGUGGUGCUGGCGCCAGAGAGCGCGGCCGCCAUCGUCACGGCUCUCCUGCUGCAGCUCCUCGAUCAGCUGUCGCGACCGUCAGCGUCGCCCUCGUCAACGACGACACGUGCCCCGCUAUCCUUUCUCUCCAACGCAGCUCGCACCGCCGGUCCACACACCAGCGCCGGAUGCGACCCACAGGGUGCAUCGCCUUCCCUUCCUCCACUGCCGCCGGACCUUUGUUUCUGUGUGCCGCACGACAAGGCGCACGCGGUGGCCAGCUACUUCAAGGGCAUCUUCCAUCCGUCUUUCUUCAGGCGCGUGGUGACGGCGGCGCCGCGCACGAAUGGCGACGAGUGCCAGCUGGGUGACGAUGGCGCCGCGGCCACAUCUACCAUCACCGCCACGAUCACGGCGGGUGCCCGCACGGCAGACGAACUGAACGGUAACGCAUCGGCACUGCCGUCCUUUGUUUUGCCGCCGGCUGAGUGGGAGCGCAACGCCGCCGCGCGCCUUGUCGGCCGCACGCUGCGUCGCCUCGACCGCUACCCGACGCGCACGACGGAGGCCUUCUUCGCCCGCUACGUGCGUGGCGACGAUGUGGACUGGAAGAGAGAGGUUGGUGAAGAGGGGGGCUCCGAAGCAGCCGCAGCCCGGUCGGCUUCCACGACGGUUGCGCCUCCGCUCGCCAUGAGCCUCUUCGUGGUGAACCUGCAAGCUGCCGUGAACCACUGGCGUGAGCGCCACCGCAGCCCCAUCCUCGGCGUUCCACCCCCGGCCUCAAGUCACGCACAGCAGCAGGAGCAGGUCUCCCUACCAGCUCAGCCAUCCGUGAACGCAGCAGGAGAUGGGCGCACAGCCGACACACCAUUGGCCGCUACCGCAGCGGCCACGCCAACGGGCGCGGAGGCCUCGUUGACGGAAGCUGGCAAGGAUGGCUUACCUGACUCCAUCGUUCUGCUUGCUUCCCCACCGAUGCUCCCGCACGGACUGCACGCGGUCUACAAGCCUGCCGGCGUGAACUGCACCCUGCACGCACACUACCCGUCCCUCGUCUACCCGUUUCUCACUCGCGAGCUGCCCUGGAAGGCGAGAGGGGCGGUAGCAGCGGAUGGCAGCGACAGGAAUCGUGGCACUAGUGCGUCGUCCUCCCCAGCCCCCUGCGUGCCGGUGCUUCGUCAGCAGGGCCUCGUAAACCGCGUUGACGUGGGCACGAGCGGCGUUGUCCUUGUUGCUCGCACCGCCGACGCGCUGCACGGCGCCGCCGACGCUAUGAUACGAGAGCAUCACAUGCGCAAGACGUACCGUGCGCUCGUACAACGGUGGCCUCCCUUCUCGUCCUCGUCCUCGUCCAGCGCGUCCACAGUGCGGUACGACGAUGACAACGCAGCAGCGGCGCCGCUCUUUAGCGUGUCACCCUUCUUAUCCCCGAUGCCGAGCGCCGUUGUGUGCGCACCGGUGUACGCGGCUGGCGCCACGGCGUCCUCGAUCUCCCGGCGUUCAGCACUGCCGCUGAGUCAUGGCCGCCAACUUCAAUCGCCCGGGCAACCCAGUGCAGAUGCGCUCGCAGCCUCUCGCGCCGGCUCGACUCUGUCGUGGUCAUCGAGCGUACCUGUCUCUCUCUCCUCCUUAGAGCACGUGCAUCAGCAGUACGCCACCCUGCAUGCCGCUCUGCAGGAUCAGCGGAAUGCCAUCACGCGCUACCGCGUACUCGAGUACUUCGCAUCUGCCGGAGUCGCCUACGUGCAGGUGGAGCUGUGCAGCGGGCGGCGGCAUCAGAUACGGCAGCACUUUGCGCAGCUCGGCUUCCCUCUUGUUGGCGAUGCUCGCUACCACGCCGGGGUAGUCGCAGGCCACGCGGGAACAACGCUCGGGAUGCGUCGAGCUGCGCUCCACGCCUACACGGUGGACAUCCUCGCCACCACAGACGGUGACGACCUGGCGAGCAGCGAGGAGGUGCCCGACCGCGUGGUGGUGCAGGCGGCGCUACCAGCCGACAUGCAUCGCGCUCUGCUUGCACUUCGGCAAGCGGAACAAGCCAAGCCGGGUCAGCAGCAACAACAGCGGCGGCAACCACAGCAACCCCGUGGUUGA